AUGGCUCUCCCAUUUGCUGGCCUCGUUUGCCUCUCCAUCGUUUCCAGCGUUUAUGCUGCCAUAGGUCCCGCUACGAACUUGUUCAUCGCAAAUAAGUUCAUCCAGCCGGAUGGGUUCAAUCGAUCGGCUGUUCUUGCGGGAGCCACCACAGACUCUGUAUCAUUCCCGGGACCUGUCAUCACUGGCAAGAAGGGGGAUACGUUCCGCAUGAACGUCAUCGACGCUUUGACCGACACGACCAUGCUGGUCAGCACGUCCAUCCACUGGCACGGCUUCUUCCAGCACGGUACCAACUGGGCUGACGGACCCAUAGGAGUGAACCAAUGCCCUCUCGCCUCUGGUCAUGCUUUCCUCUAUGAAUUCUCCGUUCCGGACCAAGCUGGAACCUUUUGGUAUCACUCUCACUAUUCGACUCAAUACUGUGAUGGCCUCAGAGGAGCGCUCGUGGUCUACGACGACAACGACCCAUACGCCCAUUUAUAUGACUUCGACGACGAGAGCACCAUCAUCACUCUGGCGGACUGGUACCAUACAGUUGCACCCUCUGCUGGAUUGGUACCUGGAUCGGACGCGACUUUGAUCAACGGUAUCGGCCGCUUUGCUGGGGGACCUGCAGUCGAUCUGGCGGUCAUCAGCGUAUUGCCCAACAAGAGGUACCGCUUCCGCCUAAUCUCAGUCUCUUGCGACCCGAAUUUCACUUUCUCCAUCGAUGGGCACAAUAUGACCAUCAUCGAGGUUGACUCCGUUAACGUUGAGCCCCUCACCGUCGACUCCAUCCAGAUUUUCGCCGCGCAGCGGUACUCCUUCGUUUUGACCGCCAACCAGCCCAUCGACAACUACUGGAUUCGCGCCCUCCCUAACGGCAACCCCGUCGGCUUCGAUGGUGGCGUCAACUCUGCCAUAUUAAGGUACAGUGGCGCACCUGUCGCCGAGCCAAACACGACUUCCACUUCGAGUAACCCGAUGCUCGAGACCAAUCUGCACCCGCUCGAGAACCCCGGAGCGCCGGGCAUCCCCGUACCCGGUGCGGCCGACGUCAAUCUCAACCUCCAGAUCGUGUUCAAUCUGACGUCGCUGCUGUUCACUGUCAACAAUGCGACGUUCAUCCCACCUUCGGUCCCGGUCCUGCUUCAGAUCAUGAGCGGUUCGUUGACUGCGCAGGAGCUGCUUCCUCCUGGGUCGGUCUAUGUCUUGCCGCCUAAUAAGGUUAUCGAGAUCUCCAUGCCAGGUGGCGCCAUAGGAAGCCCGCACCCUAUCCACCUUCACGGACAUAACUUUGACGUUAUCCGGAGUGCAGGAAGUUCUGUAUACAACGUCGCAAACCCUGUCCGUAGGGACGUCGUAAGCAUUGGAGCUGCGGGCGACAAUGUCACCUUCCGUUUCACGACCAACAAUGCUGGACCGUGGAUCAUGCAUUGCCACAUCGAUUGGCAUUUGAAUCUUGGUCUUGCCGUCGUAUUCGCCGAAGAUGUUCCAGAAGUCACCACCUUCACUCCUCCCGCCGAUUGGGACCGAAUUUGCCCAGACUUCAAUGCGCUACCGCCGCAAACCCUCUAA